UUAAUUUGGACCCUUAAUUAAUACCUGCUCGAAGUUUUAUAUAUGCUCACCCAUCAGUCAACUCUGUUUUGGAGAAUCCAAAGAAAAAUAAACAAAACAAAACUAUACGUUAAACAAAGACCAAGAUCAUAAACGGAAAACAAGUCAGAUAUGGACUAGCGAACUUGUUAAGUUGUUAUAGAAAUCAUUUGUUUCUUCUUAGUUUCGUCUCAUAACCAGAAAAGUAAAAGCAUGGCAACCGCAAAGAAACUCUCUGCUUUAUUUUCCUUCUCCUUUCUCUUUUGUCUUCUCAUCACAACUAACCAAACUAUGUCCGGAUCCGACCACAUGGACACUUUCUGCAACAAAACAUCCGGAAACUUCACUCUCAACUCAACGUACAACACAAAUCUCAAACACUCUUCUCUCCUCUCUAAGCAAGUAAGCAACCAGUCCUCCCUCGCUAACUAUUAUAACCUCACGACCGGUCUAGCUUCAGACACAGUCCAUGGAAUGUUCUUGUGCACAGGAGACGUCAACAGAACAACUUGCAACUCCUGUGUCAAGACCGCAACAAUCGAGAUCACCAAAAACUGUACCAACAACCGUGAAGCAAUUAUUUACUAGUUCGAUUGUAUGGUUCGCUACUCUGAUAAGUUCCUCCUCUCAGCUUUAGGAACACAGGCUAAUACCUUUUUGUGGUCUACCGAUCGAAUACCCAAAACAAUUGGCAAACUUAGACAGAGAUUGUCUGAUAAAAUGGGUGAAAUUAUCGUCAGAUCAUCUAUGCUAUCUUCGUCGCUUACUCCAUAUUAUCUUAUGGAUACGACUAGGUUCGUUAACUUGUAUGAUCUUCAAUCUAUUGUUAGUCAGUGCACUCCUUAUUUGGAUCCUGUAAACUGUACCACAUGCCUGAAACUUGCGUCUCAAGAUAUCACUGAGUGUUGUAGUGAUAAGCGUUGGGCUAUGAUCUGGACUCCUAAAUGUCUUGUGAGUUUGGAUACCUACAUCCCCUACUCGCAGCGGUUCCUUCUCCAUCAGAGGUGAGCAUAAAUAUAAAUAUAUAUUUGUGU